GCGGAGCCGGAGACAAGAGCAGAGGCCGAACUCGGGAUCUGACAAGAUGGCCGGGCUGCCCCGCAGGAUCAUCAAGGAAACCCAGCGUUUGCUGGCAGAACCAGUUCCUGGCAUUAAAGCAGAACCAGAUGAGAGCAACGCCCGUUAUUUUCAUGUGGUCAUUGCUGGCCCCCAGGAUUCCCCCUUUGAGGGAGGGACUUUUAAACUUGAACUAUUCCUUCCAGAAGAAUACCCAAUGGCAGCACCUAAAGUACGUUUCAUGACCAAAAUUUAUCAUCCUAAUGUAGACAAGUUGGGAAGAAUAUGUUUAGAUAUUUUGAAAGAUAAGUGGUCCCCAGCACUGCAGAUCCGCACAGUUCUGCUAUCAAUCCAGGCUUUGUUAAGUGCUCCUAAUCCAGAUGAUCCAUUAGCAAAUGAUGUAGCCGAGCAAUGGAAGACCAACGAAGCCCAAGCCAUAGAAACAGCGAGAGCAUGGACUAGGCUAUAUGCCAUGAACAAUAUUUAAGUCGAUCAGAUCAUCGAGUGUACACCACUUCUCCUGUUCUGCCAAGACUUCUUCCUUUUUUUGUUUGCAUUUAAUGGACACAGUCUUAGAAACAUUACAGAAUAAAAGCCCAGGCAUCUUCAUCUUUGGUGAUUACAUGCACAUUAGCAAAUCUGUCUUGUCCUGAUUCACUGUUGUAAAGCAUGAGCAGAGGCUAGAAGUACCAUCCGGGUUGCUGAGAGAUGCUGAGAAGCAGGACUCUCUGCUUUGACUCCUUCCCCAUCAUGGUUAAAGUACAAGGCACUGUGAAUGAAGGUAGUUGUCAGGGUUAGCUGCCAGGGGUAUGGGUGUUAUUUUAUUUUUAGGGGGAAAGUAGUUUUAUUUUAAUUUUAUGGCCCCCUUCCCCCUCCCCCCUCUUAAAGGAUCUAAUUGCAGUGGUUAAAUGCAGCUAACCAGUUUUUUUAGAAUAUGCUCUCUAGCCAAGUCUAACUUUAGACGCUGUAGAUGGACAAGCUUGAUUGUCUGAACCAAAAUGGGAACAUUAAAUAAACAUCACAGCCCUCACUAAUAACAUUGUGACUUUGCUGUCAAGUGUAGAUUCUCCACCCCCACCCCCACCCCGAAAAGACGAAGAAAAAGCUUGUGACCAUUUUGUAUGGCUUGUCUGGAAACUUCUGUAAAUCUUAUGUUUUAGUAAAAUAUUUUUUGUUAUUCUACUUUGCCUUUGUACAGUUUAUUUUACUGUGUUUAUUUCGCUUUCCCGAUGUGACAAUCGUAUUUAAAAUUAAAAUGGAUGGGACAUUCUGUUUUAGUCCUCUCCAUCUGACAAAUUGGCAAGAGGAGAAUUUUACCAGUUUGUUUCAUUGAUGCAGAUCUGUGUUAGGAUUCUACUGAGUGAGUAUUUAUAAACUGGCUCUGAGCAUGCAUGAAGCAUCAAUAUCUCUUUUUUUUCUUAAGCCUCCUAGAAAUUUGAAAUAAAUAUUACCUGAUUCAAUUAGGUGAUCCUUGGUGUCCUUGCCAUGUUUGAAAGUUGACCAUACUCAGCAGUCACAGUGAAGAGGGCAGUUGCAUGUCACAUAUGGCAUUUGAGCUUCAGGUGUAGGUUAUGACUUCUCUUGGUUCUUGUCUGAACACUAUAUGACCAUUGGUUUGUGCUAUUAGGAAAACUCUAGUUAUUUGAUUUUGCUGAGGCAGUUUUGAGUCCUCCUGCAGACCUAAUGAACCCGGCAAGUGGUGUCAUUGGCUCUUCAGUUCCUGUGCAUUUGCUAUGUAGCCCUGGCUGUCCUGGAACUCACUAUUACAGACCAGGCUGGCCUUCAACCCAGAGAUCUGGCUGCCUCUUCUAGGAUCAAAGGCCACUGUGCCCAGCUAUUCCUUUUAUCCUUUAAUUUGCUCUUAGUAGUUGUUUUUUUUCCUGUGUAAAACAAUCCCUUUCCACAUUUUCUACAUGGAAUUUCUGAUUCUUGCUAUUUUAAAGUCGUAUACAUGUAAAUGCUAACCUUAUGGUCAGAAAUCUUCAUCUCCAUAAUCUUCAUGCAAGGUUAUGGAUUUCUUCAUAACUUAAGUUUUUUUUCUCUUUUGAAUGCAGACUAUUUUAUUGUGUUAGAAUAGAAUUUAAUAGAAUUAUCUAUUAAAAUUAUAUUUUCAACAUAUAAGAGCUUUUGACAACUGAUAACUGGAUCCUUCCAAAUAAAUGCAUUUUGUUAACAAAUGUAAAGUUUAGAAUAAAAUUGCUAAUGGCCCUACCUGAUACUGUGAAAUUUUAAACUCUCUAACAGCAGUUGUUACAAUUCUUGGCCUGAGUACAUCUUUGUCCAUGGCUAAGACAGUUCUCACUUUAAAAAAGCAGACUUGACAGGACUUGAAGUUAACCAUUCACCACUCAGCAUUCCAUCCUGAAAGCCAGAGCUGCUCCUAGUCAUAGCUGAUGCCUUACACAUUACCCACAGUGGCCUGGUGGGCAGAGGUUUCAGUUUUCCCAGUUUACAUUAGGACUCCUAAUUUCCUGGCAUCACAUUUUCUUUGAAGGUUUUGAUGAGUCCCAUUGUUUGAAAUUUGCUCUCUUAGCCAGUUGGAAGAAGCAAGAAUUGUUACUUAUGCCUGGGCUGAAAAGAAACAACAGGUUGAGGUGGAGGUUGAACUCUGGUAACUACACCUGGCUUAUGGACCUGUUUUCGUUGGCCAGGAAAAUGGUUGGUUCAGAGCUGUUAAAUGAUAGUAUUGCAGAAACUCGGGAUAGUGAAUAAGACGUAGCACUAAUUAGACUGAUGAUCAUUGUGUGGACAUCUCCUGGCAGGAGCUGAGUAGCAGUUACCACUGGAUGACAUGCCAUUCUCUUUUUCUGUUUAAAGUAGGUCGGAAUCAUUCCCAGCCUACCUGUUUCUGUAUGUGUGGUUCUGUUUUCUUACAAAGUUUUGACUUUGUAGCCCCAGCAAAAGAAAGACAUUCACUUAACAAAAGCAUAUUAACAUUUGCCUGCUGCUUGCUGGUUUGAGGAUGUAGAUGUGAAUGAAUAGUUUGGGCCUUUCCUUUGAAGGGACAGCAUAGGCGUGGGAACAACACAAUAGUUGCAGCUCCUCUUGGAAAGGCUAAUCUUCUGGACUCAAAUCAGACAAACGCCUCCAACCUCCAGAAAUCUGCACAUGCAGAGCUCAGAGAGAGAAGAAAACCAACUUCUUCCAAAUUGGCAUCUUGAAGUCAGUUCUGAAGCCCUAGAGUAUAAAUGUGGGCUUUGUGGUUUGAAGUUUUUGUUCUCUUUUGUUGUCUAUUUUGCUGUGAUUCACUUCUACUGUGAGAUUAGUUAGCCUUGGUUCACUCAGAUCAUAGGCAUUCUGUAUAUAAUACUGAAUACUCACACUAGACCAGGAAUGUACUUGUAAGAUAAAGUUCAGUGUAAAUCGAUAUAUUCAAACCACAGGGGUGCUGUGCUCAGCAUUUCUCCGGAGGGUGGGGAAGACCAUCUGGUGUUCUGUAAGAGUGCUCCCAGUCAGCCAAGUAGACCUCAGUGGUGUCAUGUGGACAGUUGGUUGGCUUUGUUUCCCUGGUGGUUUAGGUAUUGUUCUCUUGACUAAUGUAAUAACAUCAGUUUUUAUUACUGCAGAAUCGGAAGUUUUAGGACUACAUAGGAGAGCUAUCCACAUACAAAUUACGAAGUGAGAUGAGAAAUUGGGUACCUAACCCACUAUUCCGUAAGAAAUAUGUAAUAUUUCAUUGGAAUGUAUUCUGGGGCUGGGAGCAACAUUUCAUUUAGCUAUGAAGCAUGCCGCCUUUUAAGGAGCUAUAUCAGGGUUUAUAUUUUAAGUAAAAGGAAAACAUGUUGAAUGUAAUUUCAAAGAAGUAUAAACAAUAAAAACGUAUACCGAUUGGA